CAAGACUCCCUGAUUGGCGUCAUACAAUAAUAGUUAUAAAUGUAAUUACGUAACGUAACUACGCGCACAGAUGUCGUAGGUAUAAUAUGUUUAUUACAUUGCGUACAAAUACCUAAAAAUUGACAACUUGUACGAAAAAAUUACGUUAUAAGCGUAUACUUUAAAGUUAAAUCACGUUCACCACGCACUAAAAAUUUCGUUAUGUUUUCGCAGUUGGUCGUAUUUCAAAUAAGUUUGUCGAAAUUAAACACACAAAUAAACAAUUUUUCGAAAGUAAUAGUGUGUAUCACCUACAUAACAUACGAGUUACGGUAAUAUCUAAACGAGAUCCUGGACAUGAACUGUCAUCCGUCCACCGUAUAUUACACUGUAUACCUGAUAUUAUAAUAGUAUACGACGACUGUUUACAGAACACAAACAAAACGAUACAGCACCAUAUCGAUGGUCUGUCAUGUGUGCUCAGCUGCAGAUGGUAUUUUAGUCGCACGCAUGAAACCGUUGUUAUCAUUAUGUUACACGAAAAUCACGAAGACUGAGCACGCUGUUUUUAAUUGUUUUAUCGUUGUGACUUACACGCGUACACGCAAUAUAUAGCUAAUAUUUUGGUGUGAUUAUUUUGGUUUACGUUUUUACGGAUUCGACGGUUUCAAAGGCUGCGUUCUAUACUAUUGCUGUCGAAAAAAGGUAAUGUUGAUUAUUCUGUUCUAUAAAAUAGAUAAUAAAUUAAAAUAUUACCAGCUCGAUUAAAACGACAUACCUAUAGACGUUUCAAUUGGAUACAGUUAUACCGAAGAUAUAUUAUAUACGCCUAUCUGAUCGGAAAUAAAGUACACCGAAGGGAAUAUUGAGAUACAAUUUUCAUCGUCCGAUCACGAUUUUUGGACUCGAGUAUAGACCAGUAGUGCGCACUGGUCUCGAAAACCUAUUUUAUAUAAUAUACUCACUUAGAUUCCACCUAAGCCGACGAUGGAAACGUGUAAGGGCAGUCGUCGUCCGAGGGUCAAAUCGCAUCAUUAGGCGACACGACGAUGACGAUAAAAAUUAAUGUAAUAUACCGUCACGACCGCCGAUACAUCACAAUAACUCGUCGAGCCGAGACCUUGGCCUUCGUUCGAGCCACCGUAGUCGUCGUCGUCGACGCCGCCGCCAAAGACAGCGGGCCCGAACACGUCCGCUUCAAUGUCACCGUCGCGGAGAAAUGUUUACGAAAAAGACGAAAGAAAAAAAACCGAAAACAAAAAACGUAUAUCAAAUAAUAAUAUACGCAUAAACGCGCGAUACGAGAACGAAAUAAAAACAACAAAACGCCGAUAUAUAUUAUAUAUUGUUAUAAAUACGAAAUACUGACACGUAUGUCACGAUAGCUGUGCAUUAUAUAUAAAUAUAAUAUUAUUAUAAUUUACGGUAACAGGUCCGAUAGCGAUCACAUGUGCAAGUCGUCUGCCGCCGAUUCACGAUUCAGUGGAAUAUAAUUGUUAUUGUAGUUUGAAGCGGUCACUGCAUAUUUUUAUAUCGCUGUACAUAUCCGCGAGCGCGUCUCGCCGCAACAGCCGCGGUUACCGUGGUAUAUACGCGAAAUCGAGGUUAAUAUACCAGCCGUUACCGGGUCGUCUCCGCCGCAAUGUCCGGUUUCCACGCGAUGACGACGCUGUUGACGGUCGCGGCGGCCACCGUGGUGUUGAGCGGCGGCCGUUGCGAGGUGGCCGGCACGGACGGGCCGGCGGCCGUGGCCGCGUACUCGCUGAGCGGCCAGAACAUCGAGUGGCCGUGCACGUCCACCAAGAGCGUUUACUUGGACUCAGGGCUAUACGUGGCGAAGAACGUGAUCGUCACCAGGGCCCAGGUGUGGGGCAAUAGGGCAUUCGUGCUCACGUCCAGGUUCCGGUCCGGCGUGCCGUUCACCGUGUCCACAGUUCGGCUGGAAUGCGAGCACAGGUGCUGGCCGGUGCUGUCGCCGUACCCGUGCUGGGCUUUGCACGACGAGGGCGACCCGAACGCCAUUCAGAACGCCGUCGACAUAUACUUGGACCCGACCGGCUUGCUGUGGGUGCUGGACAGCGGGUUGGUCAACACCGUGCAACAACCGGUCCGCCGGUCCCAGCCCAGGAUAUUUGCCAUAGACGUCAAAACCGACAAGGUAGUCAAGCAAUUCGACUUAUCGGGGCUGGUGUGCUCAGCCAGCCGAUUAAACUACAUCACGGCUGACUAUGGAGAUGACGGGAAGGCGUUUGUGUACGUGUCGGACGCAGCGACGAGGGCGGUGAUCGUAUGGGAGGUGGAGGCGAACCGCAGCUUUCGGGUGGUUCUGCCGAAGGCGAUCACGCACGACUGCACCGGCCGGCGGGACGUGCUUUACAUCGCUCUGGCGAAGGGUCCGGCCGCGGGCAGUGGCUCUCUGUACCUGACGUACUUGACCAGCAAUCGUAUGUACAGAAUCGACACGUGCAACCUUCGUCGGGGGUGCUCAGAGGGCACUGUCGCUGACCUGGGCCCAAAGCCCGAGAAGAUGGUCAUCCUGGGCACGGAUGGUCGGACUACUUUGUACUUCCGGUAUCGGGGCCAAGGCGACGUGUACGCUUGGGAUACGGACCGGCCCGGCGACGGUACAUCGUUCGGCUCGGACAGGUUUACAUUGGUCCGGAAGGCCGACGACUGUGGCCGAUUGGCCACGCACGUGGCACCCGACAACCAAGGCGGCGUCCUCUGGAUACUCGAGAGUAACUUCCCAGACUACAUUUCUGGUGCAGUGGGAUGUCUAGGCGCAAAUGUCCGCUUGCAGCCCCUCGUCGCCCAGUGUGGCAAAUAAUGCACAUAACACAAUUAGUUGUUAUUUUAGUAUUGCCAAACUCGAAUAAUACAGGUAUAGCUCUACUCUGGCAGUAGAGCUGAUUUAUGUAAAUAUUGUUGAUUUUCAUUAAGCGUGUUAAAAAUGUUAAAAUAUAGUAACGUAAGUAAAUAAACUUAAGUGAGAAGUUUAGGUAGAUAAAUUUAUUUAUUGCAUAUUUAUAGAACACAAAAAUGAUUAAUAUAAUAUGUAUACUAGAAAAACCUACACCUUGAAGCACCCUCUGCGGUACACAAUUAAUACAUACAUGACAUAGAAUAUCGUAUAUUUGUUAUUUUGUAUAUAUUUUUGUGUAUAAUUAUAUAUUAAUAUAUUAUAUUAUUAAUUACCAUUAUUAUAACAUUAAUUAUGUAUUUAAAUUUAUUUAUUUAAAAUUAUACAGCGAAAAAAUCAACUUUCACGUCACUAACUAUUUAUAUUAAUUUAAGACUAGAUUAAGUACAUUAUAAAAUUAAGUGUUAUCAUGACUUGUACGAAA